AUGUGUCAGUGGGAGGAGGUGAGCGGCUAUGAUGAGAACCUUAACACCAUCAGGACAUACCAGGUGUGCAACGUGUUCGAGCCCAGCCAGAACAACUGGCUCCUCACCACUUACAUUGACCGGCGGGCAGCACAGCGCAUCUACGUGGAGAUCCGCUUCACCGUACGCGACUGCGCCUCCAUCCCCAGCGUCCUGGGGUCCUGCAAAGAGACGUUCAACCUGUACUACCUGGAGACCGACAGGACCGUGUCAGAGGGCAUCAAAGGGGUGGAGUACUGGGCCAAUGCCCCUUUUCUUAAGGUGGACACCAUUGCAGCAGAUGAGAGUUUCUCCCAGGUUGAUUUUGGGGGACGGCUAAUGAAGGUGAACACAGAAGUCCGGAGUUUCGGGCCGCUGUCCAAAGGCAGAGGGUUCCACUUGGCCUUCCAGGAUCUGGGCGCUUGCAUGUCCCUUCUGGCUGUCAGAGUAUUCUACAAGAAAUGCCCGAGCAUUGUGCAGAACUUUGCUUUUUUCCCAGAGACACUGACUGGAGCGGAGUCUACCUCAUUAGUCAUCGCUAGGGGAAGUUGUAUCCCCAACGCCGAGGAGGUAGACGUGCCCAUAAAGCUCUACUGUAACGGAGACGGAGAGUGGAUGGUUCCCAUCGGCAGCUGCAGCUGCAAGGCGGGUUAUGAACCAGACAAUGGCAACGUGUGUCGAGCUUGCCCUCAGGGCACCUUUAAGUCGUUCCAGGGGGCAGGAUUAUGUCAGCAAUGUCCGCUCAACAGUCGCUCCACCAUCGAGGCUGCCACCCUCUGCGGUUGUCGGAACGGCUAUUACCGAGGAGACAUGGACAAACCAGAGGACAUGUGCACCAGUGUCCCUUCGGCUCCUCGCAAUGUGGUCUCGGUCGUCAACCAGACAUCAGUGCUUCUGGAGUGGCACUCACCACGGGACACCGGGCACCGUGACGACCUGUCAUAUAAUGUCUUAUGCCGGCGGUGCCACAGCAGUGAGCGCCGGGCAUGUCAGCCGUGUGACGACGGCGUGGCAUUCAUUCCAGGCAAGCGAGGGUUAAAGGAAACGAGGGUGAAGAUCAGCAAGCUGCGGGCGCAUACAUCGUACACCUUUGAGAUACAGGCAGUAAACGGAGUCUCCAACAAGAGCCCUUAUCCCGCCCAACAACUGUCAAUCAACAUUACAACCAAUCAGGCUGCUCCCUCAGUGGUUCCCAUAAUGCACCAAGUGAGUUCAACGAGCCGCAGUUUCUCGCUGUCAUGGCCACCGCCCGAACAGCCCAACGGAAUUAUCCUCGACUACGAGAUACGAUACUAUGACAAGUCCCAGUCGUCAGAGCUGAACAGUUCAGUGGUCCAGAGCGAAACACCCAAUGUUGUUCUGGAGGGGCUGAGGCCUGGGACCGGCUACGUGGUGCAGGUGAGGGCUCGCACUGUGGCCGGCUACGGAGCCUACAGCAAGGACAUGCUCUUCCAAACACUCACCGACGAUGAGUAUAAGUCAGAGCUGGGGCAGCAGCUCUCCCUGAUUGCAGGCUCUUUAGUAGGUGGAGUGUGUAUCGUCUCAUUGGUAGCAAUCGCCAUCAUCUGUACCAGAAGGAGACAGUUAAAGGAGAGUGUGUACGGUGACAAGCUGCAGCAGUACAACACAGGAGGAGGUCACAGUUCGCCGGGGGUCAAGAUCUACAUCGACCCCUUCACCUACGAGGACCCCAACGAGGCUGUCCGGGAGUUUGCCAAGGAAAUCGACCCCUCCUGUGUCAAAAUAGAGGAAGUCAUUGGAUCAGGUGAGUUUGGGGAGGUGUACAAAGGUCGCCUUAAGCCUGUCGGUAAAAAAGAAAUUCCUGUGGCCAUCAAGACCCUGAAGGUUGGCUACUCUGAGAGGCAGAGGAGGGACUUCCUGUCCGAGGCGUCGAUCAUGGGCCAGUUUGACCAACCAAACAUUAUCAGACUGGAGGGCGUGGUCACCAAGAGCAGGCCUACGAUGAUCAUCACAGAGUUCAUGGAGAACGGAGCACUUGACUCGUUUCUGAGGCAAAAUGAUGGGCAGUUCCCAGUGAUCCAGCUGGUUGGUAUGCUGAGGGGCAUCGCGUCUGGAAUGAGGUACCUGGCAGAAAUGAGUUAUGUUCACCGGGACCUGGCUGCUCGGAACAUCUUGGUGAACAGUAACUUGGUGUGUAAGGUGUCGGACUUUGGCUUAUCACGAUAUCUGGAAGAAGACACCUCUGACCCCACCUACACUAGCUCACUGGUGAGGACUCAAACACACUCAGGGAACAUGGAAGAGCAAGGGGGUAAAAUCCCAGUGCGGUGGACGGCCCCGGAGGCGAUAGCCUACCGGAAGUUUACGUCGGCUUCAGAUGUCUGGAGUUAUGGGAUCGUCACCUGGGAGGUGAUGUCAUAUGGAGAGAGGCCUUACUGGGACAUGAGCAACCAAGAUGUGAUAAAUGCCAUCGAGCAAGACUUCAGGCUGCCAGCUCCAAUGGACUGUCCAGUAGUGCUGCACCAGCUGAUGCUGGACUGCUGGCAGAAAGACAGGAACGCACGGCCAAAGUUCCCUGAUAUUGUCAGCAUGUUGGACAAGAUGAUACGCAACCCCGCAUCUCUGAAAGCCGGCACCAACAACAUCGCCCCUGGUCCUUCCCAUCAUCCCUUGUUAGACCGUGGAGCUCCAGACCUCAGCAGGGUGAGCUCUGUGGAAGACUGGCUGGCUGCACUGAAGAUGACCCAGUAUCGAGACUCCUUCCUGGGCUCGGGGUUCACUUCUUUGCCGCUCAUCACACAAAUCACAGCCGAAGAUCUUCAGAGGAUUGGAGUGUCUCUAGCCGGACACCAGAAGAAAAUCCUGACCAGUGUUCAGUCAAUGAGGCACAACAUCGAUGACCAGUCUCCUACUGAAUCCGUGUAACCACACAGGGGAGCGAUACAGUAUGAAAUAUUUGACACGUGUACAGUCUGAACGAGCAGGCUGUCAUCUUCACUCAUACACUUCAGUCUGCUGAUCUUGGAGAUAUAAACCACAUGUUUUCAACAAUCACCAGUCAAUCAGCAGUCACCCGGUCCCUCCUUCAGUCAUUGGACAGACUUCACUCAUACCAUUUAGCUUCCCAAAUUGAUUGAAACUGAAUGCAUCCAGGAGAGAGUUGAAUGCAGAGAUAGUGCAAGAGAAAAACAAGGAAGGCAUGA